AUGGACAUCGCAUUGGAGGAAUCGAACGGCGUCCGCCUCGCCAUCGAGGGAUGCGGACAUGGAACACUUCAUGCGAUAUAUGCUUCGGUCGAGGAAGCAUGCAAACAGAAAGGCUGGCCCGGUGUCGACCUCUUGAUCAUAGGCGGCGACUUCCAGUCAGUUCGAAAUGCCUUCGACUUGAACUGCGUCAGCAUGCCUCCCAAAUACCGAUCCAUGUGCGACUUUCACGAAUACUACUCCGGCCAGAGGACUGCCCCGUAUCUCACUGUUUUCGUGGGUGGAAACCACGAGGCCAGCAACUACCUUCUUGAACUGUACUUUGGCGGUUGGGUUGCUCCGAACAUAUACUACAUGGGCGUGGCCAAUGUCCUGAAGCUUGGACCACUUCGAAUCGCUGGGUUGAGUGGCAUCUGGAAAGGCUUCGACUACCGCAAGACUCACUUCGAGCGACUACCAUACAAUGAGUCCGACAUGAAGAGUAUCUAUCACGUGCGUGAGUUGGAUGUUCGAAAGCUGCUUCAAAUUCGAACUCAAGUCGAUGUCGGCAUCAGCCACGACUGGCCACAGAGUGUCGAGUGGAAGGGCAACUGGAAGCAGCUUUUCAACUUCAAGAAGUACUUCGAGGAGGACGCAAGAAGUGGCAAGCUUGGAAGUAUCGCUGCAAAGCAGGUGCUCGAUCGCUUGCGCCCAAGGUACUGGUUCAGUGCGCAUCUCCAUUGCAAAUAUGCUGCCAAAGUGUCGCACGAGCAACAGGCAGUACUGCAGCAGCCACUGCCAGGACAUGAAGCAUCAAGCAAGCAUGCUCUCAAUGGCAUCGGCGAGCACAGCAAUGGUGUUGCUAAACCCUCGAAGAAUGCGGACGAGAUUGACCUCGACCUGGAUGAAGACGAUUCACCCGCAGAAGCAUCACUCGGCCUACACACAACACCAGCUACUGCAGUAAGCACCGCGCCCAAGAACACAGAUGAGAUCGACCUCGAACUCGAUGACGACGACGCCGGCGCCGACCAGCCCUCGGCGCCGAGCACAGAAUCUGCAAAAGCAACUGCGACUAUAGUCCUAAACAACCCUACCAGCCCUAACGGCGACGCCCUCUCCCUGGAAGCUGCUCGCGCUGCCUUACCCGCCUCGUUCGCCAAACCAAAGGAUCCAGAGCGAAUGGAACAUCCUCCCGACAUCGCCAACAAGGAAACAUCCUUCCUGGCCCUUGACAAAUGCUUGCCGAACAGAAACUUCCUGCAACUCCUCUCGGUCCCGACGACAGAUGCAAACACCACCACUAAUGUCGACCUUGCGCGUCCGCUUAAGCUCGAGUAUGACAGAGAAUGGCUAGCCAUUGCGAGGGCCUUCGCGUUCAUAGAGCGCCCUGCAUUCGGCGACCCCGACGCGCGCGUCCCCCCUGCAAAGACGCAGGCCGAGUAUCGCGAUCUCAUAGCAGAGCACCGCGCGUGGAUCGACUCGCACAUCAGCGAAUCAGACCUGGUCAUCCCGCCGAACUUUGAGGUUAUCGCACCGGUGUAUGAUGGGGGUCACUUCCAAGACGCCAAGUAUCAGCAGGUGCAGGAGUACCCGAACCCGCAGACGCAACGCUUCUGCGAGUUGUUGCAGAUUGAUAAUCCGUUGGAAAUAAGCGAGGAGGAACGUGCGGAGAGGAUGGCUGCUGGACCUCGACCCGAGCAGGAGUUCAAGCGGUUUGGAGGGGGGAGAGGACGCGGUGGAUUUGAUCGAGGACGGGGAAGAGGUGGUCGAGGAGGCAGAGGGAGAGGUGGUGGGCGAGGACGGGGAAGAGUGUCCGGUGGUUAG